AAAUAAUCUUUGUCAACCUGUCAUGUUUUGAAUAAAAAAGAAGAAGACGUUUUUAGUUUAUAAAAGGACUUUUAUACUUUUAUUCGUUAUUUUCCAGUUACUUUAAAAUGUCCGAACGUAAAGUGUUAAACAAAUACUAUCCCCCGGAUUUCGAUCCGUCGAAAAUCCCUCGUAUGAAAUUGCCCAAAAAUCGCCAAUACACUGUGCGAUUGAUGGCCCCCUUCAACAUGCGUUGCAAAACAUGCGGAGAAUACAUUUACAAAGGUAAAAAGUUCAAUGCUCGAAAGGAGGAUGUUGAAAAUGAGGACUACCUUGGAAUUAGGAUUUACAGAUUCUACAUUAAGUGCACAAGGUGCCUUCAAGAGAUAUCAUUCAAAACAGACCCAAGGAACACAGAUUAUGAAAUUGAAGCUGGGGCAACGAGAAACUUUAUGGCAUUAAAGUUAGCAGAAGAACAAGCACUGAGAGAAGAAGAGGAAGCCAAGGAGGAAGAGGCAAACAAUCCCAUGAAGUUGUUAGAAAACCGAACCAAACAAUCUAAAAAUGAAAUUGAACUGUUGGAAUCCUUAGAGGAGUUAAAAGAUUUAAACAAAAGACAACAGGUUAUCGACUAUGACACAAUGCUUCUGGCUUAUGACACAACAUUAACAGAAAAAGAAAGAGAAGAGAAGCUGCAACAAAUGGAUGAAGACUACAUAAAGUCAAUUAAAUUCAAGACAGGUGAGAAGAGAAAGUUGGUAGUAGCUGAAGAGAUUAUUGAGGAAGAGGAGCAACCUACUUCAACUAGUACAGACAGUGCUGCAGUAACAAGUAUAGAAGUGUCACAGGUGCCUUUGGUUUCAAAACCAACAUCCAGUUGGAGUAAACCUAAAGUUAGUACAAAUGUAGCCAAAAAAAAUUUAUUGGGCGGAUUGGUGAAAGUGAAAAAGACUGUUACCAAAGAAACCACUGAAGAGAACACAGUUAUAGAUGAAAACAGUGGGAAGGCACAAGAAGCUGCUAAACCAUCAGGUGGUUUAUCUUUGGUUGGGGAUUAUUCUGAUAGUGAUAGUGAAUAAAAUAAGACAAUUUUAUAUGAUCCUUGUUUAAAAAAUCAUUGGAAACUAUUCAAAUUUGACAGAAGCAAUCAUAUUUAAUGAAAACUAGUUGGACAAUCCUGUGCCUGACAGUUUUUGAUAGUUUCAAUCAUUCUUCAAACAAAGUAUUUAUUUUUACUGUUUAUAUAGUUGUUUAACAUGUAUAUUAAAGGUCAACUAAACCUUUAUUUUAUAAUAUAAAUAAACACAUAUUUACAACAA